GAGAGAGAGAGAGAGAGAGAGAGAGGGUUGACGUUACCUGGCUGGCUUCACCGUUCCUAUAUCCCUGAAUCAAGAUGACCACCCCAAACACUUCCAGUUUCGCUAACAGCAGUGCUCAGUACCGCUGCAAGUUUAACGAAGACUUCAAGUACAUCCUGCUCCCUGCCGCCUAUGGGCUGGUGUUUGUGGUCGGCCUGGUGCUUAACAUCACCGCCAUGUACGUCAUCCUGUUCCGGAUCAAGCACUGGAGCCCGAACACCAUCUACAUGAUCAACCUGACGGUUUGCGACACCCUCUACAUCCUCACGCUGCCCUUCCUCGUCUACUACUACGCCGAUAAGAACGCGUGGCCCUUCAGCGAGGCCUUCUGCAAGCUCAUCCGCUUCCUCUUCUACGCCAAUCUCUACGGCAGCAUCCUCUUCCUCAGCUGCAUCAGCAUUCAUCGCUUCCUGGGCGUCUGCCACCCCGUGCGUUCCAUGCAGUGGGUCAGUGCCCGGCGUGCCCGACUAGUUUCGGUGGGCGUUUGGGCGACCGUGCUGGUCUUCCAGGCUCCUGUGCUCUACUUCUCCAGAACCAGAAAUGCUGGAAACGAGUCGGUCUGCCACGACACCACGUCUGAGGAGCUCUUCAACCACUUCUUGGUCUACAGCUCGGUGGUUUCCUUCCUCUUCUUCGUACUUCCCUUCCUGGUGGUGAUGGUGUGCAAUGGUCUGAUGGUGCGGAAGCUUCUGGAGCCCGGCUCUGUCGGAGGGCCCACAUCCCAGCGCUCCAAAAAGAAAUCAGUGAAGAUGAUCAUCAUCGUCCUGCUGACCUUCAUGCUCUGCUUCCUGCCCUUCCACCUGACCCGGAGCCUGUACUACUGCUUCCGUCACCUGCAGGUCGGCUGCGGCCUGCUGGAGGGAUCCAGCAUCGCCUACAAGGUCACCAGGCCGCUGGCCAGUGCCAACAGCUGCAUUGACCCCAUCCUCUACUUCAUGGCUGGCCAGGGUUUCCGAAGAAGCAUGACAAAAAAGGUCAGGCAAGGCCAGAGGAUUGAGAAAGCGAAAUCUCUCUCAACCGCGUUAUGAGCGAGAGAGACUAGCCAAACGUUUGGACUAUGAAGACUGGAAUGAAGAUCAUGAAGCUUUGAUGCUGGAAUAUAAUAAUAAAGAGACACAUUUAACAAAAUGGCAUAUAUUGUAUAUGUAAAGUUAUGUCUACCUGGUAUCUAUUUAGGUGCACUUUAUAGGUUUUACAAUUAUUGUAGCCAACUUGUUGCUGCAGUUUAUCAGCCCCCUUUACCCUGUUAAUCACUGGACAGGGUCCAGCUGACCAGAUAUGUACACUAUGUGUCUAAACAUCUGUAGACACUUUACUUUAAAGUCACUAAUGGCAUUCAGCUGUGCACAGCUUGUAUAAUCUCCAUAGAAAAGCACUGACCAACAGAACUGGAUGCUCUGGUGCAGCUGCACGUGAGCCUAAUUUCACCGUGCCCAAAACAAAGCCCCCCAGCAUUGGACUGUGGAACAGUGGAACUGAAAAGUGAUGGACCUCCAAUGCCUUUGGGACGAGUUCUAGUGAUCCAGAACUGAUCAUCCAACAUCAGUACCUGAUCUCACUAAUGCGCUUGUAGCUGCAAUCAAAUCCUCACAGCAAUGUUCCAACAUUUAAGGUAAAGCCUUCCCAGAAGAGUAGAAGCUCUUACUGCAGCAAAGUUGGACAAACUCCCAAUUAAGACCCUUCAUUUCAGAAGAAACGCUGUUGAAAAGCUGAAACUGAAACUGUUCAUGGGUUAUUUAACCUUUGCGGUUAUUAUUCAACAACAAGUGACAUGUUGUUCCAGAACCUUCCACCACUGAUUCAAGGACAGCAUUUUAGAAGUGUUUAAAGGAAUCAGUGCGGUAACGAGAGCGAAAGCCACUUUGUGAGUUAUGAGCUGGAGUGUACUGAACCCGCAGUAAAGGCGUGUCUGAGCUGUCAUUAGCACUACAAAGGAAUAUUAACCUGUUCAUGAGUAGAAAUAAUUAACCAGCUCCAACGCCCACCAGCCGGCUCUCGCUGAGGCCCUGCAGAGACAUGCCUCAGGGUGAAAAACUGUGACAGUACGGUGAGGCGAGGUACUGGGCAAAAAAGCUGGCGAAGUCUACAUCACAGUC